UUUCUAGCCAAGUGCAUGUCCCAUUCUAACAUUGUUCCGUGACAUGACAUAAAUGAUAGCAAUUCCAUAUGCAACCUAAAGUAUCCAUAUAUUGGCACAUAUGUGUAUAUAUAGGUGGUUACCAAUUACUCUUGCAAGUUAUUUAAUUCUGUCUACAUCCAAACACGUACUCCAAUCCGGAGAGUGAGGUAGGAAUCCAAAACAGCCUAAUUAAGAAGAGCAUCAAUGGGGAGAAGUCCUUGUUGUGCAAAGGAGGGAUUGAACAGAGGUGCUUGGACAGCUCAUGAAGACAAAAUUCUCUCAGACUACAUUAAGCUCCAUGGUGAAGGAAAAUGGAGAAACCUUCCCAAAAGAGCAGGUUUAAGAAGAUGUGGAAAAAGUUGUAGACUUAGAUGGUUGAAUUAUCUAAGACCAGAUAUUAAGAGAGGCAACAUAUCCUCAGAUGAAGAAGAUCUUAUCAUCCGACUUCACAAACUACUUGGAAAUAGAUGGUCUCUAAUAGCUGGAAGACUACCAGGGCGAACAGACAAUGAAAUCAAGAAUUAUUGGAACACGAAUUUAGGAAAAAAGGUUAAAGAUCUCCAACAACAAAACACCAACAACUCUACUCCAAAAAAUGCAAAGAUCGCACAUAAACAGAACAAUCCUAAACCAAUGGUGCCAAACUCACAUGUUGUUCGUACAAAAGCUACCAAGUGCUCUAAGGUAUUAUUCAUGAAUUCACUCCCUAACUCAUCAACAAUGCAGAAUUUGCAGAACAAAGUUGAGACAGAGACAAAAACAAAGCCAUCAAUGCAUGUUGAUAGCAGGGAUAGUGAUUCAAUGAGUAACAACCAAAUGGAGAAUGGUAAUGAAUUUUUGUCAUUUUCAGAUGCGAAAAAAGGACUAUCCACAGAUUUGCUAGUUGAUUUUAACAUGGGAGAUCAUGAUAUUAGCUUAUCCGAACUUUUGAACUCGGAUUUUUCAACUGCAUGCAAUUUUGAUUACAAUGAGUUAUUGUCACCUUGUUCUGACCAGACUCCUAUGUUUUCGGAUGAGAUUCUCAAGAACUGGACAGAAUGUAGUUUUGUUGAUGAGAAAAAUGUGACUAACAACCUUCAUUAUUUUACUUCUUUUCUCGAAUCCAGUGAGGAUGUACUUGGAGAAUGAAAUUAACCACUCUAGACUUUGUAGUUACAAUUAGAUGUCCUUCUUAAACAUCCUUUUUACUCAAUUAAAUUAGCCACUCUAAGCUUUUUAUUUGUUUAUUUUGAUUUCGUGCUACUAUCCUUCAAUAAGUAAAUAUAUAUUUUGCGGUUUAAUAUUGCUACCACCAAUGGUUAGUGGUUACCAAAAAUAAUAAAAUAGCUAAGAUAGUAUGAAGUCUUUCAUUUCA